ACUAUGCUAGAUACUGCGGUAAAUUAUUAAGACUGGAACCAACCAAUGUCGGGCCAUGUGUAGAAACUAGAAAGGAACAAUUAACCGUAGUCAAAUCCGCGGGGAAUGUUCUCGCAGGCUGCUGGUUGAUGAAGCAACCAAACCAAUUGGAGUUGAAUAAUGGCCCCAAUUUCAUGAAGUACACGUGCUCAACAUUUUAACAACCACGGAGCUAGCUUUUGUACGUACGCGUAUUCUUUCUUUGUACUCGUUAUAGUUUAUGGUUUAUACGUGCUCAUCAUCUCAACAAAGCUUAAAGCAGCUGUCGCUGUACACGCCUAGCUAGUGUACUACAUAUACGCCACACUAAGUGUGCUUCUGACUCCUCACUUCACUCCUCAGUCUUCACCAUCUACUCAUCGAUCACCACCAGUGUAUCUCCAUCUCGCUGGAAAGCCUCCAUACCUGUAAAAGAUUCAUUAGAAUGGCGGCGGAGUCUGCCUGGUGCUGGCCGUGGCUCGGCUCCGGCGCGGCGUGUUUCCUCUUCUUCAACGUCGUCGUCGGCGCCGUGGCCGUCUUGUCCUGGGCGCAGGGCGGCGACGAGCAGGUGGCUAGGCGGAGGAGGCUCACCCGGAGCGCGUCGUCCAUGGUCAUGGAGCGCCUCCGCUCCAUGUCCGUCUUCGCCGCCUUCCACUCCGUGCCCGAGCACGACUACGACAGCGGCCUCACGCCGCCGGCGUCGCCGUCGCAGCUCCACCACGUGCAAGAGUACUACACGUCGUCGCAAGAAGAGGGAGGAGAGGAGAUCAGGCACGCGGUGAGGCCAGAGCCGACCCUGCCGGCCGGAGAAAGCAUGACGGCAACGGUGGCUCCGUCGACACAGAGUGCUCCUGGUGCAGCAGCCGAAGCGGGACUGCGUUCAGCGGCUUCGAUGUCAGGGAGCGACAAGGCAGGAGCAGAGACGCGGACGGAGACGUCUAGAUGCUUGGGAGACGCGUGCACAGCAGUAGCGUUAGCGUUCCGGCAGCGAGACGCGCCGGCGCCGGAGCCAACGCCAGCCACGGCGGCCGCCAAGGGUGCUACGACGGAGAAGCUGAGGAAGCGGGAGCCGGCGAAGGUGGCGGAGAUCGUCGAGCGGCGCGCGUACGCGGAGGUAGAAGAGAAGGCGGAGGUGAACGCGCGGGCCGAGCGGUUCAUCCGGCAGUUCCGGGAGGAGCUCAAGCUGGAGCGCAUCAAAUCCAUGCUCAACCAGAGCGCCGCCGCCGCCGCAUCGGCACGGUAGCUAUUGCCGUUCAUGGUUCGCCGGCGCAUCGCGACUGCUCUAGUGCCUUUUCUAGUUUUGUUAGCGUGGUCUACUAGAAAAUGUUGGUUUCUUUGUUUCGAUCUAUAUGUAUGCUUCCCUAGGCGAGUUGAAAACACAACCUUUUUCUUUCUCUC